AUGCAUUACAUGUCGUCUUCUUAUCGCCACAGCAACUCGCUGGCAUUAGAUAUUGGGAUCCCCAUUAUCUGGGAGCUGGACAGCCUGCUGAUGCCUCUCAGAACCUGGCCCCAGGUGGCUCUAACAGGCAGGCCUGUCUCUGCCAGGAGUGAGGGUAACACCUCCUCACUCUGGAAUGUCUCAGAUGGGCAGGAUGUACAUGCCACAGUAACCAGAACCUGCGGGUCUAUGCUGAGCUCUGCCGUCUACACCCAGGGCUGUGGCUGUUGGGAGUCUGCCACAAACCCUGCCUGUCAGUCCUCAGGGCGAUGCAGGCAGGAGGCGUGGCAGGAGGAGGAGGAGUCAAUCUGCAAGGCCUGUGAGAGCAGAGAGGGCGGCUGGGGCUGCUCCCUCAGUGCCCACCAGCCUGGUUCCUGUGGCCCUAACUAGCCCUGUCUCCUUGCGCACAGCCUUGUGUUCCCCAGCCCCCUCCACCAUGCGGAUGGCUGCUAUGACAUCCCCAUUCCUAAAAGUGUGGGGCUCCUCGCUGUCUUCUCCUCCAUAACUGGCACCCUGUGCCAACCUGCUGCAGAGAACAGCGUCUUGGGCAAUGGCAAUAAUCCUCCAGUUUGCCAGCAGUAGAAAUGGUUCUCAAUGGG